GCCGCCUGCGCGUCCUCCGGCGUCAGCCAUCUUGCCACUCCCUGCGCUCAGAGGCUCGCAUUGCGGAAGGAGGAAGCUCGGCUUGACGGCGCAUCGGCGGUUCCGCCUCUGGCUGCUCGGCUCGCACCGUCGUUCUUGCCGUCCUUUUCGCCGUUCGCGUUGCCGUCUGAUCCCCGGAGAUGGCAGGACGAUUGCCGGCUUGCGUGGUGGACUGCGGCACCGGAUACACGAAACUCGGAUAUGCUGGUAACACAGAGCCUCAGUUCAUUGUUCCAUCAUGCAUCGCCAUCAAAGAGACGGCCAAGGUGGGGGACCAGGCCCAGAGGAGGAUGAUGAAGGGAGUGGACGACCUGGACUUCUUCAUCGGGGAUGAGGCCAUUGACAAGCCCACUUAUGCAACGAAGUGGCCCAUUCGCCAUGGCAUCGUGGAGGACUGGGACCUCAUGGAAAGGUUCAUGGAGCAGGUCAUCUUCAAGUACCUGCGCGCUGAACCGGAGGACCAUUACUUCCUGUUGACCGAGCCUCCCCUGAACACCCCAGAAAACCGGGAGUACACGGCCGAGAUCAUGUUCGAGUCUUUCAACGUGCCGGGUCUGUACAUCGCAGUGCAGGCGGUCCUCGCCCUGGCAGCCUCCUGGACCUCCAGGCAGGUGGGGGAGCGCACGCUGACUGGGACGGUCAUAGAUAGCGGUGAUGGUGUCACCCACGUCAUACCUGUGGCGGAGGGCUAUGUGAUUGGCAGCUGUAUAAAGCACAUUCCCAUCGCGGGCCGUGACAUCACCUACUUUACCCAGCAGCUCCUGAGGGAGAGGGAGGUGGGGAUUCCCCCGGAGCAGUCGCUGGAGACUGCAAAAGCCGUAAAGGAGCGCUUCAGCUACGUCUGCCCAGAUUUAGUGAAAGAAUUCAACAAGUAUGACACGGAUGGGUCCAAGUGGAUCAAGCAGUACACAGGGCUCAACGCCAUCAGCAAGAAGGAAUUCACCAUCGACGUGGGCUAUGAGCGUUUCCUGGGGCCGGAGAUCUUCUUCCAUCCAGAGUUUGCCAACCCUGACUUCACUCAGCCCAUAUCGGAGGUCGUUGAUGAGGUGAUCCAGAACUGCCCCAUUGACGUCAGGCGCCCUCUGUACAAGAACGUCGUCCUUUCUGGAGGCUCCACUAUGUUCAGGGACUUCGGCCGCCGUCUGCAGAGGGAUCUGAAGAGGACGGUGGACGCCCGACUGAAGAUGAGCGAGGAGCUCAGUGGCGGAAAGCUGAAGCCCAAGCCUAUUGAUGUCCAAGUCAUCACUCACCACAUGCAGAGAUACGCUGUGUGGUUUGGAGGAUCCAUGUUGGCUUCUACUCCGGAGUUUUACCAGGUGUGCCACACCAAGAAGGACUACGAGGAGGUGGGGCCUAGCAUCUGCCGUCACAACCCUGUGUUCGGAGUGAUGUCCUAAACGGCUUGCGGGGCUCGCCUGGAGACGGCUGCUGGAGGGUCCUCUCAUGCUUCAGGUUCUCUGUUGCUAGGGACGAGCCUCAAGCCCCAAAAUACACAUCAAGGACCGUAAGGUUU